GUUCUGUGUCAUCGUAUUAAAUAUUGUUUAUUGCUUCCGUUUUUCCUGACAUCCUGUAUAUAUACAGAGACUAUCUGAAUUGAAAAUCAGUCAUCAUUGAGGCUUUGGCAUUUAUAUUAAUCAACUAUAGUCAUAAGAGCUAUAAACUAAAAUCGAAAAUGUUAUACCUGGUGCUAGCGUCUUUUGUUUUCACGGGAGCACUCUGCUACGACGCAAAAUAUGACGAGCUGGAUGUUGACAAGAUACUGGCGGACGACGCAGUAUUUAUGUCUUACCUAAAUUGCUUUUUGGACAAAGGCCCGUGUACGGAACAACAUGCUGAAGAUUUCAAAAAUAUCCUCCCAGAGGUUGUAAAGGAAGCUUGUGGUAAAUGUAGUGUUGAUCAAAAACCUAAGAUGAGGAAGAUUGUUAAUACAUUAUUCGCGAAAAAACCUGAUCUGGCUGUUGAGUUCCAGAAAAAGUAUGAUCCCAAUCACGAAUAUGAGGCAGAAUUCACUGCAUUUUUACUGGCCGCUAAUUAGCAAUGUUGCAACCUUGUACUUGGGAAUAUUAAUAUGCCCAGGCGUUAUAAUAUUAUUUAGUAGUUUAUACGAAUAUAUCCAGAUAUUAUAUUUAAGUGGAGCAUUUUAAAUUAUUAAAAAAUAUGAAAAGCA